AUGGGCGCGGAGGAGGAGGCCGCGUCCGCGCCGGCGUCGGAGAGCGGCGACCGCGCGUCCGCGGACGGCGACCGCCCGGGGACGUCCACCGGCGAAGAAGUCGGGACGACGGACGGCGAGGCGUCCGCGCGGUCGCCGCGCGGGGGCAUGUUCCGCGGGCUCCUCGAGGACUCGUUCCCGGAGCUGUACGUGCCGCCGAGAGAGCCGACGCCGGUCCCGGGCGAGGGCGAGGACGGGGAAGAGGGCGAGCCGGGGGACGACGGCGACGCCGCUCCGCGCGAGGAGGCGGAGGCGGACGCCCCCGCGGAAGACGCCGAGGGCGAGGGCGAGGGCGAGGACGCGGAGCCCGAGCCCGAGCCCGAGCCGGACGAGUACCAGCUGCGGAUAGCGGAGAUCGAGAACCAGGCGCGUCCCCGCGCCGACGUCGACCUCGCUUCCGCCCGGGCCCGUCGUCGCGUCGUCUCGUCUCGUCCUCGGAAAAGUCAAACGAUCGAACGAUCGCCCGCCCGCCUUCCUCUCGACAUCCAUCGUCGUCUCUGA